AUGGUGAGCCUGCGCCAACACGGGCAAAAGUUUGAAGGCGUGAGCGGCGAGAUCGAGCAGUCACCGCUCUACAGCCGCCUCAAGCGCAUCUUGAUCGUCUUUAUGAUGUUUUCGCUGCCGUUCACGGUCGUCAACUGGUACGGCGUCUCGGCGGCCGGCGACGCGGCCGAGGAGAUUCCGGAUGCGCUCCUGGGCAUUACACAGCUGCUCUACUUUGCGUCCGGUCUCUUUUUCGCCCUUGUCAUGGUCGCGAGCCAAGACUGCUUCAGCGCCUGCAUGCGGUCGCGCGACGCGACACGGACACGCAGUCGGUACGGCGACUGGGCCGCCUCGGUUGCGCACGCGCCGAUGCAAAACCCGGUCUUUGUCAACACGGACAUUGAAUCGUCGAGCUACCUCUGGGGCCAGCUCGGGCAAACCAUGCACGCCGCGCAGGAGCUCCACGACGACCUCCUACGGUCGCUGCUCGUCAAGCACCAAGGGUACGAGAUCACGACGUGCGGCGACGCGUUCCAACUCGCGUUCCACUCGAUCCCAGAUGCCGUCGCCUACUGCCUCGACGUCCAGUUGCAGCUCUUGCACGUGCCGUGGCCGAUCGAGUUGAUCGAGUCGUAUCUCGCCGGCAGCAUCACGGUUGCAAUGCCCAAACCAUCGGUGCUUCCGACGCGCCACAAGCACCCGUACCUCUUUCGUGGUCUCCGCGUGCGCAUGGGCAUCCACGCGUCGAGCUCCGAGGAAGGCCAGCUCUUCACCAACGUCCACCCGGUGACCCAGCGCACGACGUACGUGGGUUUGGCCGAGAUGAUUGGUCGCGAAGUCAGCGACCUCGGCAGCGGUGGCCAGAUCAUCGUGACGGCCCGCGUCGCGCGCUUCCUACGCGACAAGAUCGAGAGCCAAGACGGCUGGUGGCACGAGAACCCGUGCUUGAUGCAGGAUCUAGGUGUCUACCGCAUCAACGACCUCAAGAUCGACUUGGGCAUCGCAGAAGUGGUGCCGCUCGCGCUAAAAGACCGCGCGCGGCUCUUCCCCGAAAUUGGCAACGUCCGAAGCCGCAAAUCGUACCGGCGCCACGAUAGCACCGCGUACGAUCUCUUGAUGUCUCCUGCCGACCCGUGCGAGUCCCUCCGCGGCGUCGAGUGCUAAGUUAUAAGCGUCCCAUUAUUAG